CCGAGGGGAUUCGGGAGUCACAGGCGCGGCCGCAGAGGUCCCGGCGUCGGCCUGAACGACAGGAACCCCGUCUCCGCGUCCACCGAGGUGGCAGCGCCCGGCGACCAGGCCGCUUUAAGCACAGGCCCCGCCCCGGCCCGCGCGCCGCCCCCGCCCCGGCCCUCGAGCCGCUCGGGCCCUGCUGCCGCCAUCAUGAUCUGCCUGGUGCUGACUAUCUUCGCCAACCUCUUCCCGGCGGCGUACACCGGCGUGCACGAGCGCACCUUCCUGGCCGUGAAGCCCGACGGCGUGCAGCGGCGGCUCGUGGGCGAGAUCGUUCGGCGCUUCGAGAGGAAGGGCUUCAAGCUGGUGGCGCUGAAGCUGGUGCUGGCCUCGGAGGAGCUGCUGCGCCAGCACUACGCCGAGCUGCGUGAGCGCCCUUUCUACGGGCGCCUGGUCAAGUACAUGGGCUCCGGGCCGGUGGUGGCCAUGGUGUGGCAGGGUCUGGACGUUGUGCGCGCUUCGCGGGCGCUCAUCGGGGCCACGAACCCGGCCGACGCCGCGCCUGGCACCAUCCGUGGCGAUUUCUGCAUCGAGGUCGGCAAGAACGUGAUUCACGGCAGCGACUCGGUGGAGAGCGCCCGCCGCGAGAUAGCGCUCUGGUUCCGCGCGGACGAGCUCCUGUGCUGGGAGGACAGCGCCGGGCACUGGCUGUACGAGUAGCCGGUCGGGCAGAUGUGCCCGUCUGCAGUGGGCUGUGGGUGAUUCCGCAUUCUCCAGGCCCCGGAGGUGUGCACACACGUGGGCCCCACUCCUAGGAGCUCAGAAUACCCUUCCUGUGGCAGGGGCACAGGAGGGCAGGUGGUGCACGCCUGCGGAGCUCUGGUUGCUACAGGCCUUCCUGUCCUGGCUGAGGUUCUCAGGAGGCCCAGCCCAGCCUGCACCCGUUUACAGCACGUCUGGAAUGCGGCAGGGUGCCACCCUAGUACUUGACUUGUCCCAGUACUUCUUUUUAUAAUAAAUUGAGGAAAAUUUU